UCCAAAUUCAAAAAAAGGAGUUUUUGUUUACAGGAGCAAACAUUCGUUUCACAUACUAUUUUCAUUUCUGGCUUUUUGCAGUGAAAAUUGAAUUCUCGUGAAGGGCAAUAGCUCCAGCUUUUGUUCUCCAUGGCUGCCAAGUUGUUGGCCUUAACGUGCAUACGCAAUGAAAGCGUUCACGGGGACUUGUCGCCGAGGCCGCACUACCCGUCGAUGCCAAAGUAUCCGAGAGGAGUGUCCGCGGAAGACUCCGAUCAGAAGGGGCCGGAGGCGACAGCUGUCUACUCUGUGAUUGGCAUGACAUGCUCUGCCUGCGCUGGAUCCGUCGAGAAAGCAAUCAAGAGACUACCAGGGAUUCGGGAGGCUGUUGUCGAUGUCUUGAACAACAAGGCUCUCGUCAAUUUCUACCCUAGCUUUGUUAACGAGGAGGCAAUUCGUGAGACCAUCGAAGAUGUUGGAUUUGAAGCAACACUGAUAAAAGAAGAGAAUAAUGAAAGAUCCAGUCAAGUAUGCCGAGUACGCAUUAAUGGAAUGACUUGCACUUCUUGCUCCUCCACCGUUGAAAAAGCUUUGCAAGCAAUAUAUGGUGUAAAAAAGGCCCAAGUGGCUUUAGCUACUGAAGAAGCAGAAGUUCAUUAUGAUCCACAGUUGGUAAGCCACAGUCAGCUAUUGGAAACCAUAGAAGAUACAGGGUUUGAAGCCAUACUUAUUAGUACCGGUGAAGACAUGAGCAAGAUACAGCUUAAGGUUGAAGGUGUAAGGACUGAUAAUUCCAUGAGAUUAAUUGAAAAUUCUCUCCAGGCACUCCCAGGUGUUCAAGAGAUCGAAAUAAAUCCUGAAACAAACAAAAUUUCCCUUUCAUACAAACCAGGCAUGACAGGUCCAAGAAAUUUUAUCGAUGUGAUUGAGUCAUCAACUGAGUCUAGGCGAUUCAAGGCAAUGAUUUUUCCUGAAGGGGGAGGGAGAGAGACCUAUAGACAGGAGGAGAUUAAGCAAUACUAUAGAUCCUUCUUAUGGAGCCUGGUUUUCACAAUUCCUGUAUUUUUAACCUCCAUGGUCUUCAUGUAUAUCCCUGGAAUCAAGCAUGGAUUAGACACAAAAGUGGUCAAUAUGCUUACUGUCGGAGAGGUUUUGAGAUGGGUGUUGUCCACUCCAGUACAGUUCAUAAUAGGCCGGCGAUUUUACACCGGCUCCUACAAAGCAUUACGCCAUGGUUCUGCUAACAUGGAUGUUCUAAUUGCAUUGGGAACAAAUGCAGCUUACUUCUAUUCAGUCUACUCAGUGUUGAGAGCUGCAACAUCUCCAGAAUUUAAGGGCACAGAUUUCUUUGAAACUGGAGCAAUGCUUAUCUCAUUUAUUCUUCUUGGAAAGUAUCUUGAGGUUUUGGCUAAGGGGAAGACAUCCGAGGCCAUUGCUAAGCUUAUGGACUUGGCACCUGACACGGCAAUCUUGUUAACUCUGGAUGAUGAAGGAAAUGUCAUAAAAGAAGAAGAAAUAGACAGUCGGUUAAUCCAAAAAAAUGAUGUGAUUAAAAUUAUUCCUGGAGCAAAAGUAGCUUCAGAUGGUUUUGUUAUAUGGGGGCAGAGCCAUGUGAAUGAGAGCAUGAUUACAGGGGAAGCGCGACCGGUGGGAAAGAGGAAAGGUGACACAGUGAUUGGAGGAACUCUGAAUGAGAAUGGGGCAUUACAUAUCAAGGCAACGAGGGUGGGAUCUGAGAGUGCUCUCUCACAGAUUGUUCGACUUGUUGAGUCUGCCCAGAUGGCUAAAGCUCCUGUACAGAAGUUUGCCGACCGUAUCUCCAAAUACUUUGUGCCUCUGGUCAUCAUCCUGUCAUUUUCAACUUGGCUUGCCUGGUUUUUGGCGGGAAAGUUCCAUGGGUACCCAGAUGCUUGGAUACCAUCUUCUAUGGAUAGCUUUCAGCUAGCACUCCAAUUUGGAAUCUCUGUCAUGGUUAUUGCCUGCCCAUGUGCUCUUGGUCUAGCAACGCCAACUGCUGUCAUGGUAGGUACUGGAGUUGGUGCGUCACAGGGUGUUUUAAUCAAAGGAGGCCAAGCAUUAGAAAGUGCUCAUAAGGUGAACUGUAUCGUGUUUGACAAAACUGGAACACUUACAGUUGGUAAACCGGUUGUUGUUAACACAAGGCUGCUGAAGAAUAUGGUACUACGAGAUUUUUAUGAACUUGUUGCGGCAACUGAGGUGAAUAGUGAGCACCCAUUAGCCAAGGCUAUCGUGGAGUAUGCCAAAAAAUUCCGAGAAGAUGAGGAGAACCCUACCUGGCCUGAAGCAAGAGACUUUGCCUCUAUUACUGGCUAUGGAGUGAAAGCCAUUGUUCGAAACAAGGAAAUAAUAGUGGGGAACAAGAAUAUGAUGUUGGAACACAACAUAUGCAUUCCAGUUGAUGUUGAGGAGAUGAUGGCAGAAACUGAAGGGAUGGCUCAGACUGGGAUUCUAGUAUCCAUUGACAGUGAAGUUAUAGGAGUUGUAGCCAUUUCUGAUCCGCUAAAACCAGAAGCUAAAGAAGUCAUUUCAAUUCUCAAGUCUAUGAAAGUUGAGAGCAUCAUGGUGACAGGUGACAAUUGGGGAACAGCCAAUGCCAUCGCGAAGGAAGUCGAGAUUGAAACUGUUAUUGCAGAAGCCAGACCAGAGCAGAAAGCAGAGAAAGUGAAGAAUUUGCAGGCCUCAGGCUAUAUAGUGGCAAUGGUGGGUGAUGGAAUCAAUGACUCUCCAGCACUUGUAGCUGCAGAUGUUGGAAUGGCAAUCGGUGCUGGGACAGACAUUGCUAUAGAGGCUGCUGACAUAGUUCUGAUGAAGAGCAGUUUGGAGGAUGUGAUAACUGCCAUUGAUCUUUCCAGGAAAACAUUUUCACGUAUCCGUCUGAACUACAUUUGGGCUUUGGGUUAUAACAUUCUUGGUAUCCCUAUAGCUGCAGGGGUCCUCUUCCCAUCCACCAGAUUUCGUCUACCACCAUGGAUUGCUGGAGCUGCAAUGGCGGCCUCUUCAGUCAGUGUUGUUUGCUGUUCUCUCUUGUUGAAGAAUUACAAGAGACCAAAGAAGCUGGUCAACCUAGGGAUGAGAGGGAUAAUGGUCGAGUGACUGAAAAUGAAAGCGUUGAAUCAGGUUGUACAUACAUGUUUAGCAGUGACUUCGUCUAGGAAUAAAAUUUGGCUGUGUGUUUGAUAUGAGAAAGGUGGUAUGUAGAUUACUUUGGUUUCUUAGUUCCUGUGUGUAUGACUGUAUAUACAAGUGCUUUCUCACUAGCUGUGUGUAUAACUAUAUAUAAUGGUCGAGUGACUGAAAAUGAAAGCGUUGAAUCAGGUUGUACAUACAUGUUUAGCAGUGACUUCGUCUAGGAAUAAAAUUUUGGCUGUGUUGGAUAUGAGAAAGGUGGUAUGUAGAUUACUUUGGUUUCUUAGUUCCUGUGUGUAUAACUGUAUAUACAAGUGCUUUCUCACCAGCUGUGGUUUCUUGUUGGUGUUGCCUAGUUAUUCCAGAAAUUAUAAGAUUAUAGCGCAGAAGAUAAUCAAAUAAAAAGAAACCAACUCUA